AUGCCGGCUCUGGUCCGCACCACUCUUCUCAGUCUGCCCUCGCCUUCGCGCUGUACCCAGCGUUCCCGGAACACAAGGACACGCCUGACUACCGGGCGUCCCGAGGGCCAAAUCUUCGGAGAAACGCGUGCGGAGGAAAACCGAGGAGGCGGAGACUCGAAGGUGUACGUGCGCCGCUGCAAGGCGGCGGCCGUUGAGACCGGCGGAGUCCGGUUGCCCAGGCGGGAGGGUGCGUUACCGCCUUCCCGCCAUGCGUCCCUCUCACCGCUGGAUGCCAACUCCCAGCAUCAAAGCCGGGCCGCCGCCUUCCCGGGUCUAGCCUCGGAGCGAAGCCCUGGGGCGGUGCAGCCGUUUCUUCUCGACCGGGCUCCGCCCGCCGGCGCUGGCGCACGCGUGCGGACAAGAUGCCGAGCCACUGUCCCGGGGCUGUGGAGCCGACCGCCAGGGCUGGGACCGAGGACGGUGGCGGAUAGAUUCAAAGAGGGAUAUAAAGUACAUUCACAUAUUGCCAAGCUGUAGGAGUUAUGGAAAACUACUCAAAUUCAAACAAUUCUCAUCCCUAAAUCAAUGACAGAUGCGUCCUUUCUAAAGCAUCCAGAACUCACCAUAGGCUAGAAGUGUUAUCUGUGGAACACUGUUAAGAUGUGCAACUCGAGCUAGCUGAGAACUUUAAUGAAGAGGCAGUACAUGCAUGUGUUUCAUCACAUUUCACAAAAGCCAGGCAGUGUCCUCACUCAUGACACGAGCUGUGUCAGCGCUCACUACUCAGACAGCCAUUUCUCCUGCACUACAUGGCGACACCAGCUGGAAAGAGGGGACUCGAGUGUAGCAGCACCUGAAAUGAUCAUACAUUGCUUUUGGAGACCAAUGAGAAACAAAGAAGGGCUGUUUCUACCAAAUUCUUUUCCGUCAGUUUCUUCAAAUGAUUCUGAACCAUAUAUGAUUGAAGAAAAAAAGGAAGACAAUUUACUGAAUAAGUGCAUGCAGUCAAUGUCAAUUCAAGAACAGGGUUAAAUCUGAUGUUAUCUUGAGUGUUGUAUACCAAAUUAAACCAUCAGCUGACAUCCAGAUACUGUGCCAAAGGUGGACAAUUAUAUCCUCUGUAUGAGAUAGUGAUAUUCACCACUGAGUCAUUAAUUUUGGUUUGUUCAGAAAUUUACAAUAUUCUUGGCCUAAUGUACUGUGUACCAAUGAUAUUUGUAUAAUGUAUGCUUAUUUUUUGCUAGAAACAAUUAAAAUAUUUCCUGGCACAUAGAACUGAAUUUUUCUUUAAAUCUAACAAAUGUAUCAAUUCCUUCUUUCAGUUUAUAAUCAGUUCUAAAAUAGUAACAUUAUUCUGUACAUUUUCUCUUGACCAAAAUAGGAAAACUGAAACAUAUCCAGAUACAGAAUAGCAUUUGUAGAGAUAAAACCCCAACUUGCUCAAUAAAUAUUUGCUAUUUGUUCAGCACCCACAUCAGGUGGCUCACAGUUGCCUAUAACUCCAGCUCCAGGGGAUCCUAGGCCCUCUUCUGGUCUGGGUGGGUGCCCACAUGUGCAUUCAAGAAACACAUACAUACACAUAAAUAACAAAGUAAAUCUUAAAAAAACAAAACAAAAACUAUGUACAAGCCAGGUGUAGUGGUGUGCACUUUUCAUCCCAGCACUCAG